GGGGACUCGGUGGGUGUUGUAUUUCAGUGGAGUUGCCUUUCUCCUGGCGGUGAGAAAGGACCAUUGCCCAUUCCCGAAUUCUGGAUCUCUCCUGAUAACUGCGGCACAGAAGGUCGCCAGCAAUUCAAAACUUUUUUUCCCUCACUCGGCAGCACCAUGGACAGUCCGGGCUUCCACAAUCUGGAUGCUGUCGGCUUCCUUCAGAUUUGGCAACGAUUUGACGCUGAUGACAAUGGCUACAUCGAAGGCAAAGAACUGGAUGAUUUUUUCCUUCACCUUAUGAAGAAACUUGGUGCUGAAGAUGACCUGAGUGCCGGGAAGGUCCAGAAAGUGAAAGAGCGAUUUAUGUCAGCUUAUGAUGUCACUGCGGAUGGAAGGCUGCAAAUCCAGGAGCUGGCAAAUAUGAUCCUGCCUGAAGAUGAAAACUUUCUUCUGCUAUUCCGCCGUGAGACUCCAUUGGACAAUAGUGUGGAUUUCAUGCGGAUCUGGCGUAAAUAUGAUGCAGACAGCAGUGGAUAUAUUUCAGCCACUGAACUCCGAAAUUUCCUGAGAGACCUAUUUCUUCAACACAAGAAAAUGAUUUCAGAUGCCAAGCUAGAUGAAUACACAGACACGAUGAUGAAAUUUUUUGAUAAAAACAAAGAUGGCCGUCUGGACCUCAAUGACUUGGCAAGGAUUCUAUCACUGGAAGAAAAUUUCCUUCUGCAGUUCAAAAUGGAUGCCUGUAGCCUGGAGGACAGACGGAAAGAUUUUGAGAAGAUCUUUUCUCAUUAUGAUGUGAGUAAAACAGGAGCUCUGGAGGGUCCUGAAGUAGAUGGAUUUGUUAAGGAUAUGAUGGAGUUGGUGAAGUCGAGUAUUACUGGAGUUGACCUGGACAAGUUCCGUGAAAUUCUCUUACGCCACUGUGAUGUAAACAAGGAUGGAAAAAUCCAGAAGUCAGAGCUUGCGCUCUGUCUUGGACUGAAAUUAAACCAAUGAGACAACCAUGCAAUGGAGUACUUCACACUGUCACAGAAUGUAAUCUUUCCUGUCAAACAUUUAAUAUCACACUUAUACAGGCAGCACUACCCACGAUCAUAGAAGCACCAAAGUAUUACUAGUGUAAAAGGAGAGGGGGGUGUGAUAAGUUAAUUCUCCAAAAGGGCAUUUCAAAACUUAUAUUAAAAAAAAUUAAUGGAUCGGGGCUUUUGAAAUUGCAUGCAAAGGUUUGACUUUAGGCUUUCAUUUCAACAUUGAUGUAAAUCAAAAGAUUACAGCAGACCAUAAUUGGAGUGUGGAUAUACAGAGAUCAAACUCCAUCCAAACAUUUUCACAUCUUAGAUGUAAAGCACUGUCUGUGCAUUUUGACAGAAUGUUUAUGUGAAUUCAGUUGGCCUACUUGUGCAAUUAAGAAUAAAAGUAAGUGUGCACUCCCAAAAAUAAAUUCUUUGUGAAAUAUUAAGAAUAUUUUAAGAAAAGGUAAAGGACAUAUGCAUCAGGCAGUGAUAUCCAGUAGUGCCUCUCAGAACAUCAGUCAUCCUACAGUCACAAUACCAAUUUGCACUCAGUAGAACAUUAAGAAGCGUUUGAUAUGCUGCCAGUGAAAGCUACAGUUGUAGUCAGUCUGUUAGCAUACCAAUGGUGACUGCUGAAUUUCUGCUUAUUUCACUUGCAACUCAUCUGACUUUACCAGAAUAAUUAAUUGGAAUAUAAUGUUCUGUUUUCAUCAAGUAAUUAGGGCAAUUAUUAUAAUUUUGCAUUAAAAUUUGCUGUUUGUUUUAACUGUCUCAUCAUAUUACAUUAUUGCUAUGAAAUCUAUGAUAUUGGAGAAUAAUAAACUAUUAUAGUGAUAGUCAAA